AUGGGCAGCUUGCUUGGCGAAUGGGCGAAUGUGCAUUGUGGGCACUACACACUGCGCGGCUGUACUGUGCAGAGCAUGCGUCCCGUACACCUUGUCUCUACCAAGGUACCCUUGCCCUCGUUUUCUGCACACCAAGGCGAUCCACUCGCGGCAAUGUCGUUGGGUCGUGCGCGGCCUGCGCCGCCUCUUGAUACCCUGUUGGAAACGACAAAAGAGGAGGCGAUGGAAAUCGAUCCGCUUCCUGAGCCGACACCGCACUUGGUCUUUGGGCCGCAGCGAUUUGCAGGGCCUGAGACGCAGAGUGGGCUGGAGGAUUUGUUUCAUAGCAAGCUUGCGCUCGAAUCGGACAUGUGCAUUGCGCAAGACGCAGCACAUGGCUGGAUGACAGUGAACAUGCCGCUGGCUUUUGUGGUGCUGGGUGUGGGAGCAUUGCUGUGGUACGGACUGCGUGUGCAGUAG